AUAUUGCUCGUGUCGGACUAUAAAAGGCGGUGUUCGGUGCACUACAAAUCAUAGUCUUUCAUUAGAUCGCUAACAAAAUGGAUUUCGAUGCAAUUGUAGAAAAGUCCAAGGCCUUCAGCAGCAAGCCGCCCCCAGAGGUCUAUCUGGAGUUCUAUGGCCUCUACAAGCAGGUCAACUCCGGCGAUGUGAAUAUCGAGAAGCCCGCCGAUGCUGAGGGUGCUGCCAAAUACGAGGCUUGGCUGAGCCGCAAGGGAUUGUCCGUGGAUGCUGCCAAGGCUGCCUACAUUGCUCUCUAUGAGAAAUACGCUCCCAUCUAUACGUAAAUUAUUAAUAUAUAUACUUAAUUCCCGAUUAUAAUGGCAAUAAAGUUCACGUAAUGAAUCGUUCGAGCCCCUCUAAAAAGGGGCUGCUGAUAAACCUAAA